AUAAAAAGAUAAGAAGCUUAAUUCUGAGGAUAGAGAUGAGUUUAAAAAAAAAAUUGAAAAUGCCAAUAACCAGUAAAAUUUUCAUUAAGUCUGACCCCCUCCAUCUUUUUACUCUCCACCUUCUUGACCUUUAACUACCAAAAUUUAAUAGCAUCAAUGCCCCAUAUAUAGAAAUAACCCUGCCAGGUUUCAAAUUUUUUGGUGCAUCUAGUCCUAAGAUGUAAUGCAAAAUAGAUACUGACAUACUAACACACACACACAAUUUUGUAAUGAUUUUUUUUUACAUUAUUAUUACACAGACUUUUGUAAAGUUCUUUUUUAAUAUUAUUAUUGCAUGUUUGGGCUCCUCAAGUGUCAAAACAUUAACAAAUGAAAAAAUAACUGGAGGAAUCAAAAUUUGACUGAUCAUCAUACUUUCCCUAUGGUAUAUUCUGAAACAUCUGGAAAGUAAUAUAUGCAUAAUAUGAUGAAAAUCAACAGUUAACUAGACUGAUGAGAAGAAAUGGAUUUUCAGAAUUUGAUUCACUUCAACGUAUUAGUGCUCAAAUGCCAUUGAAAGAAAAAUGUAAUAUGGCAGACUUUGUUAUUGAUAACUCUGGUUAUUAUUUUAUAUUCUCAAAAGUUUAUAAUGGAAUAAUUUUAUAAAUGUGACUACUUCAAAAACUUCAGCAUGAUCUGUAUAAGCGAUUGUUCCAGAAUAUACCAGAGUCGGAUGUUUUUAUUUAUCUUUGCUUGCAUCUCUGGAUUUCUAUUUGCUUUUGUAUGGAGACAGUAUGAACAAACUGUAAAGUUUUCUCUCUCGUUUAAUCAUUAUUCUUCAUCUCUUGUAGAUACCAGUUAUGGAAAAUGGCUAAAGCAAAAUGGUUUAAUGCAUAAAGCCAUUCCUGAAGAAAAUAUAAGCUUUGCACAAAAUGCAAUUGAGACGGAAGCAAUGUAUCUUCAAAAAAAGAUCCCUGUUUUAUGUAUGAUAUUUGUUAAAUCGCAUAAAACUGCCAUGGCUGUUAAAGAGACUUGGGCUAAGCAUUGUAAUUUUGCCGUAAAUCUUGGAAGUUUUGUCGACGAAGAAAUUCCUGUUUUAAAAGUUUCGCCAAUUCCGUUUCAAGCUUUUUGUCAAGGGUUCGUGUCGGCGUGGAUAAAAUAUGAGGAUUCCAUUAAAUGGAUGGUGAUUGUUGAUGAUAAAACAUAUGUUAUUGUUGAAAAUUUGAGAUAUUAUGUUGCUUCUUUGAACAGCAGUCAUCCUUAUUAUCUUGGACAUCCUGUAAAGGACUUUUCAAAUAUCUACAACACAGCAGAUGCUGGUAUUGUACUUAGUCAUGGUGCCUUGAAAUUAUUGUUUUCUAUUUACUCUGAUGGAAAUAAGUGUUUUGAUAAAGAUAAAAAGUCAUCUAACUAUUAUGAUGUUGGAAUAGGAAAAAUAAUGAAAAAAUUUGAAGUAUUUCCUGUUGACACGAGAGAUAAAAAAACUCGAGGACGAUUUAAUCCAUUUCCUAUAGAAAAAAUGUUGAUACCGGGCUUCACUUCAAUUUUUAAUCCAUAUUGGCGAUCAAGUGUAUAUUUAAGCAGUGAGGGGAGCAAUUGCUGUAGUAAUGAUGCAAUUACAUUUCAUGGUAUUUAUCCUGCAUAUAUGUAUUUAUUUGAAUAUAUGAUGUAUCACUUAAAACCAUUUUACAACAGUCCCUUAGGUCUAGGAAACAAACUACCUCCAGAAACAAAUAUUCAAAGUAAAUAUUUAAUAAAUGAUACAUAUAAAAAUGUGGGAAUACCUUUUAUUAAGUUUAUAAAUUUAAAUGAAGUUAAAGAAAAAUUAAAAAAUCAUUCAAGAUCAAGCCAUUCUAGUAAAAGUAAUAACUUUUAUAAAUUCUGGAAUCAGAUAUUUGAUACGUGAGAUAUUACAACUAAAUUUUAGAGUAAUAUUCUUUUACUUAUUUGGCAUUGUGAUAUAUACAGUUUUAAAUUUACUGUAUUGGGCAGCAAAUGUUAUUAAUAUUUAAAGAAACUUUAAGGCAAUUGUUUUUAUUGUUAUUGUUGUAUGUAAUUAAAUAUUUAUUUUUAUAUAAAACAAAAAACUGAUUAUAUAAAUCAUACAUCUACUCAUUUAAAUAAUCUGACUAAAUAAUUAUCAAAUGAUGAUAUAGGAUUUGAUAAAAAUAUCUGAAAAUAUCAAAUAAUUAAAAUAGAUCUUUAAAUAAUGAAUAUCAGUAAAAUUUAUUAAAAGGAGAAAAGAAUUUGAUAUAUAUUUAUAGAGAUGAUGAAUUGGGAGGUUUUGUUAUACUAUAAAGUAUAGUAUACUCCUACAUUUUGUUAUCUGCAUGUGAUACUAAAAAUAUAUAAAUCUAUUCUCAAGACAUAUCUAAGAUAUCUGAUUGAUUAAAAUUGCUCACUCAGUCAUAUUUUAUUAUUAAAAAGCAUUAUUCUUAUCAAUGUGAUCACAUACAAAUAAAAUAUGUAUUAAAAGAACCAAACUUUUUUAUAAUGGUGAUUUUAGAAAGAUUUAUUACCUUCACAAUUUUUUCUAUAUAAAAAAAUUAAUU